CGCUGGUACGAAAGUGCGUAUCCAUGACAGCCGUGUUGUUGGUGGUGAUGCUAACACUAGCACAGAAACCCCUCUGCAGUAGCGAUAGCUAACGUAGCAUUGUACACUCAAUUAUUGCGAGAUAAAAACCGAAUCUGUAGGUGGAGAAUGCUGUAAAUGUGUUAUCAAAGUAAAUGUGUUUAAAUGACUUAUACAGUGCCUUUUUUGCCAUACAGGUAGCUAACGCUAGCUAGCCUAAGGGAAGCUACCCUUUCCCUAACAUUAGCGACAGCGUUAGCAUCUGUGGUUGUCUAGCGUUCUGUCUGUGGGUAUUUUGGAGCGGACUAGAGGAAAUGUCAGAUCUGCCUUCAGAUUGUUCGCGAGUCCUGGAAGCGGGGGCGAGGAUGAGAGAUAAAGGCUUGGGGAUAUAACGGAGACGACGGAGAAUGAUUUCAAGAUACAACAGGAGAGCUGUGUCCCACAAACUUGAGAUCCGCGGGUUGUCUCGAAGCAGCCUUGACCACCACCCUCUCCCAGAGGAAGCAGAUGACAACCAAACCCCUCAGCGCUACCUCCAUGACCUCCAGGAAGCUGUGUCCACUCACAACAGCUCACAGACGUCUGCUACUUCAAGCCAUUCUGGGUGUCCUACCGUCAUCUCAGUCGAUUCCAGCCACUCCUGGUCAGGUAUCCACAGCUCCACAGGCACUGGGAUUUCCACAGAGAGGAGCUCUGUUUUCUCCUGGGGCUAUGAUGAGUUUGACAAGGCAGCGUCACGGCAGGUGCAGCAAAUGUUUGAAGAGAUUGACAAAGAACUGUAUGAAGGAAGAGGUGGUGGACGAGGAAUACUCCAAGGGCUGCAGGAUGAAUGUCAGCAAUGGGCCACUCGUUUCCCUCAUCUUCGGAUCUUGGGCACUCAGCUGGUAUACCCCAAUGAUGAAGGGUUCCAGUGGUAUUUUGGUUCAGGGAAAAGCAGCUCUGGCAGCAGCCCAUUGCCGCGCAAAGAGAGCAGUGUGAAGAGCCGGGAGAAAGAAAGGCCUGAGACAGAGUUGAACGUGCAGGGCAGGAAAGCGGCGCUGAUCAGCUCCACCUCAGCUGAGUUAGAUGGGCUUCCAAGCACCUCCAGGAGUUCCAGCGGCCAUGAUAAACCAAAAGUGAUUGAGGUGGAAGGUGUGAUGGAGGAAUACUUGGCUUUCGAUAGCCAAGACUUGGAAGAUGAGUGGGAUUGUGCUGAGUCAGGUCGGCGGCCUCACUGCCUGCCCCCUGUCUCGCCAUACUGCUGUCGCCGUCAAGCUGUUCUCGACCUGCUCUUUGAUGACGUAUGGCAGCAGCUGGUGGGCUGCAUGAAGGAGCUUGUUCUACGUCACUGGGAAUGCUGCACCUCAAAUGAUGAAAAGAUACCGGUGAACCUGAGCCCCCUGCAGCCAGACUGUCAGAAUGCCUUCAUGCUGCCCACGAUGCUACCCAGACUUGGCCAGAGCAGAGUGCCCCCACUCACAGGCAACCUGCAGUUCCAGAACACAAAGUCAAGGGGCUCAAAGCACAAGUCCAGAAGGAAAUCCAAAAAGCAGAAAAGGUCCUCCACUGCUGGAAGGGUCCCAGUAGGAGCUGCGGCGACCCACCAUAACCUGAACGACCUCAUUGUGAUCCAUAGCAUCCCUUUGCAGCAGAGGAACCUGGGCGUGCUGGAUAAAAACCAGGAGCCAGAAGAGCGUGCGUCCCACAGAUUGGGCUCCAGCGUGCUCGUCUCCAGCAAACCUCGUCCACGCCGAACCCUGGAGCAGAGCUCGUCCUCGCUGUCAAGGCCGCCCCAGUCCGCCCGCCGCAGAAACCCUCCGCCACGGACCCUGCUGCCGCUGGUCCCCAGCCUGAGUCAGUCCAGCACCACGGGGUCCAUGGAUGAGGUCGUUCGGGGGACGCGACUAACCACAGCCAGUGAUCGCCUGACUUCUCCACUGUUGGCUCUGAGCAGAAACACGCUUCUUCCACCCAUCGGCACCGGGGACCCAGAGUCGUCUCACUCGGGGCAGCAGUCCAAACCUGCACAGCGUCACAAAGGCCCAUCCAGCCGCGCCCACAGUGCUAUAAACGAUGAAGCUGGUAGUUCAAUGCCGAAGGAUCGUCACCAUCUGCUAGAUGUCUAUUCUCGGCCCAACACAACUCACACAUACAGAUCAGACACUCCGUAUCGCCGUUCCUUUACAGUAUUGGAUAACAUCGGGCAGGGGCGGCCAGGCAGAACCUCCGUGGGCACAGAUUCUCUUGGAAUCGGUGUAACGGGCAUCAGUCUUGGCAUCAGCAGCUCAUCUUUCCUGGACUCGUUCCCCCACCACCCAUUGGGACACUUGCCCAUCAAAGAUGAAGAGGAGCCAGACCCCCAACCCUCUGUCCCAGCUCCACUGGUGCCUGUGUCAGUCCCACCUCGCUCUUACACCCGAGGAGGCCUGUCAUCCAGAGCCGGCAGAUUGGGCUUGUAGCUUCCUCGUUCUCCAGACGCUUUAGCUUCACCUAUACACCACAACAAACACACCACCCUACAGCAUCUGUGGCCACUUAAAAGUUUUGUUUUACCGAGGUACAGUAGCAGGUUUUUUUCAUACUAUGCUUUGUUUUUGUAGAGGCCUAUUUUUGUAUUUGAGAACUCUGCUUAUGUGGCUGCCAAACACAAGGGUAACUCCACCUCCACGAACAGUACAAUUUGGCCACUGUCACAACUUGAAAUUGAUAAUUAUUAUUUAUUACAUUCAGUUUCAAGUUAUCUCAGCAACCCUUGUUUUUUUCUUUCUUCAAUCAAAGUGUACCAAGAAUUUUGUCCAUGUGUGUAUUUGUACUAUGUAUGUAAACUAUUUAUGUGAAAGUACUGUAUUUGAUCCUCCAAGGUGUGUUGUUGUUCAGACUAAAUUACUGCAGGGAAUAACACAUCCUUCCAGACAGGUAGAGGAUAACAAAGCACUUUCCCUCUCUGAUGCUACGUUGGAGAGUUUGGUACUGUAUCCUUUUAUAGGGGUCUCUUACUGAAUACAGUACAAGUAUCAGUUGCACCAUUCAAGUUAUUGUUUGCUUCCCCCCCGUUUCAGCUCAGUUAAUGUCAUAAAUGAGAAGACGGAAUGUUUAAGUUAUGUCUGCAGCACGUGUGCUUGUGUUACUAUAAGACAUAACAUAAUACAAAGGUGGUGGCAAUAAGCAACUUUAAAAAGGGGAAUCAUUAAUCAUGUCUGUAUUGAAUUCUGUAUGAUAAAUAAAUAAAUGUAAUCCUUACUUACAGUAUCUAAGCCAAGUGUAGAUGCUCUGUCAGGAAACAAGGUCACUGGAGUAAGAAUUUUUUUUUUUAUUACUAAAUUGGCAAGACAACCAGGCUACAAAAUGUGACUAAACAUUACAAGUUGUUCUUUCUUGAUUUUAUUGUAUACAAAAUAAAACAUUGUAUGUUUAUUAA